UGGGUUUGGUGGCUACUCCUUCCCUUUUAUCUCCUCCUCUCUCACCUCAUCUUCUUCAUCCUCGAGCAGGUUCUCCUAUUUCUCCUCAUCGCUUUUGCUUCCGAUCCUCUCUUUCAUUUUCUCUGCCAGUUUAUGUGCGUCAAAGGUGACUCCUUUACCGAAUGAUUCGCCAAGAUCGAGUUUUUUUUGUCUUCUCCAACAAGUGAUAAUCGCCCGCUGAUCUUCCUACCUGGAUCAGCCCAAUCUGCACGGAUCUCUUACCAUGUUCGGCUCGCUUUGAGCUUUUAAUGUGUUUCCAGCACCUGCGUUGGGUUUAAAUCUUCACCCAUUUUCGAUUUCUGCAUUUGGGCUUCUGCGGAUUGAAAGCGGAAUGUUCUACUUUCGCUUUCCGAUCAUUAAUCCGUGUGCUAUCUGAAAACUGCUGCUGUAUUUGCCAUUUGGGUUCUUUUCCUUCUGCCAUUUCUCUACCCGCGCUUUAAUUGCUUCCCACCCACUCUUUGACCUCGUCCAGGAUCCAUGGGGGAGUUUGCCGAAUUGCGAUCAUGGGAGGAGCUGAUCCCGGACGCACUGGGCUUGAUCUUCCGCAACCUGUCUCUCCAGCAGAUUCUUUCAGUGGUGCCUCGAGUUUGCAAGUCGUGGAGCAGGGCGGUGUCCGGCCCUUAUUGCUGGCAAGAGAUCGAUCUCGAGGAGUGGAGCCGCAGGGUUAAUCCUGAACAGAUUGAGCGAAUGCUCCACCUCCUCGUCCGGCGCAGCUCCGGCUAUUGUCGCAGGCUCGCCAUCUCCGGCCUCCCUAACGAUUCCCUCUUCUCCUUCAUCGCCGAUUAUGCCGGUUCUCUUCAGUCCCUCGAGGUGCCGAGGAGCGAGAUGAGCGACGCCAUUGUGGAGCAAGUUGCAGGAAGUUUCUCUAACAUCACCUUCCUAGACAUCAGCUCCUGCAAGAACAUUGGCGUUCGUGCUCUAAAAUCAUUCGGCAUGCACUGCAAAUCUCUAGCCACCCUGCGGCGCACAAUGCACCCUCUGGAUGUCGCCGGAAAAGUGUGCCAGGAUGACGAAGCUCUAGCCAUCGCUCUCACCAUGCCCAAGCUUCGCCAUCUCGAACUGGCCUAUCUCCUGCUGACAACUCAAGGAGUACUUCAAAUACUCUCCCAUUGUCAGGAGCUGGAGUUCCUUGACAUAAGGGGGUGUUGGGAUGUGAAGCUUGAUGAGAGAUUGGUGAAGGAGAAGAACGGGAAGCUGAGGGUUCUCGGCCCGGAGAUCGUCGAUUCCUACGAGAGGAGCUUCUGGAAUGAAUGCUCGGAUUACUCUGAUUCUUCAGAGUACUCGUGGGAUUUCAUGGAUGAUGGUGAUGCUUAUUCUGAAGAUAUGAGCGAUGAACAGAGUGUUUGGGACGAUGAUGUUGAUGAGCAGAAUCUGGAGAGGUUGCAGGUCAGAUUCUAUGGAGGUGGGUUCAAUGAAGCCUUUGCUGGCUUUGAAUGGCCUCUUUCUCCUUAGAUUUAAAAAAAAACGAACUUUUUAGUUGCAUCAA